UUAGAAAGUAUUUGCUUCUACAAAAUGAAACUAUACGUGAUUGCCGUCUUCGUAUUCGCGGCUAUUGUCCUGGCCCAAGGACAUCCGGCGGCAGAGGAGCAACAGCCGCAGCUAGUGACCCUGGAGGAUGCGGAAGCCAAGCAAGGCGUCGAUGAUGGAGCCGGAGUACGAGCUGCCCGAGGAUUUGGAGGAUGGGGUGGACGUGGAGGAGGAUUCUGUUGCGGAGGAGGAGGAGGCUACGGCAGGAGAGGUGGCGGUGGCUUCUAUCCUGGCGGUGGCUUCGGACGCGGCGGUGGAGGCUAUGGCGGAGCCAGUGCCUCGGCCUCGGCUUCGGCUUCAGCCUCUUCCUACGGUGGCGGCUGGGGACGCUAAAGGCCCCUUCUCCCAAUGGCUUUUAAAUUAAGAAAAAUAAAAACAAAACCCCAAAUAAACAAGAGACGAAAGUCAAAACGAAAACAAAAA